UGUUUAUCCUUGUGUGUCUCUGUGUGGCCCUGCGAUGGACUGGCGGACCGUCCAGUGUCCAGCCUCUAGCCCUUUGACCACUAUGAUAGGCUCCAGUCCCCCGGUGACCCCAUCAGGAAAUAAACGGUUCACAAGAUGGAUGUUUUCAUAGGUUCACAAAACAGUCACAUUCACCAUACAGACAGUCAUCCCACUUGCUUUUCCUGAAUACACAAUUGCCAUUUCAUCCACUGAUGUUGCUUUUUUUGUUUUGCAAGUUUUACUGCCAUAUCGUUCAAAAAGCUUUCAAAUUAUAAAUUAAGGCUGGAGCAAAUGGACCAUUCCUUUCAAGGGAAUAACUUUUAGCGACUAAAUCAGAGCUGGGACCAAUAAACUAAGCAUAGAUAUCAGCUAAAAACAGAGCUGCUCUGUAAUAAACAGAGAGUCUGGAAACAUAUUACCACAGAGUUUUCAGCUGUUUGUUCUGACUUCAAAAGGCAACAUAAAUUAACAUAUUCCUAAUCACUAAAUACAGGUUUACUAAUGCCCCAUGCCCCGGCUUCUUUACCCUCCGAGUGGCAACAGGCGGCGGCCUUGUUCUGUGACGUCAGACUGCACCUUUAAGGUUGCAGCCAGCGCGCGCAGUUGCGGUUUGUCCAAUUAGUGUGUAGGUGGGGCGCGAGAAAAACCGCCCUGGAAGGACAACACGUGCGCACGCGCGAACACGCAUUCACACGCGCGCACUCCCCCAAAGUUGCCGGACGUUUGUGGAAAAUCUCACGAACCUUCCCAGCAGUUUCACAUCAACUGUAAAAAGUCGCUUUCAAACUGCCUGUGGAGUCCGGUGGUGCUAAAGGCGGGCUUCUCCAUGAUUGAAGUGUCGAUACCAUCGCUGGAGAGGGAAGUGGACGAGUCUGGCAAGCCCAAAAAGCUUUUCAGGGUUGAAGUCUUGUUUAAUGAGAGGAAACAUUAUGUGCUCAGAAGAAACAGUGAAUUCCAGACUCUCCACAGAAAACUCAGGAAGAUCCUUCAAACUCCAGAUUUUCCCAGUAAAAGGAACAACAAUCUCAGGACCAAACCCCUGGAGCAGAGAAGACAGGAGCUGGAGGAUUACAUCCAGAGCAUCAUCUAUCAAAAUGAAGAUAUACCACAAGUUCUUCUGGACUUCCUCCAUUUGAAACACUUCCACACAGGCAACAAGAUCAGCAGUGUUGAAUCAUUUGAAGAAUUGGACAGUCAGGAAUACAAUACACAGUUACCUUAUCAGCGAGUGGUGGGAUUCUUUCAGGACCCUCAUAUCUUCGACCGCGUUUCAGACCUCCCGGAUAUUGUUGUGGAUGGGGUCGUUCAGGGUUUUUACUCUCAGGAUGUCCAGGUCAGUUUUGCUGCCUCCACCCUACCCGAGUGCGACCCCACUCCUUCUGCAGAGGCCUGAAGAUGUGAAUGAAAAGCCAUGAACAUUCCUUUUUUUUAAAACAACUUUUUUACUUUUUUUCAUUUGUCCAUGUAACAUAUGACCUUAAAUCCCUGCUAUAAUUCAUGCAAAUGAACAAAAUUCAUAUUGUGAAUGUUUUUUGGUGUGUAAACUUUAAUAAACUCUCC